AUGUCAAACCAAACUUCCCUCUCGAACAAUACUUUCAGUUCCAACAGUACCUUGUCGAUGUCUCAAAUUUGCAUCAUAGAUGGUAACUCCGAUAUUUAUGGUCUCGGUAUUCGCAUCGGUUACUACCUUCAAUGGUAUGCCUCACUUCUUGCAUCUGCUCCCAGAGGUUCUUCAGGAAAAGUUGCUUUGGGCGAAGUUCAAAGCCUCUCGCUUUCCAUUUUUCUCUUCAGCUUGGCGACUUUCCUGGCUCUAAUCACUCAAACUUCGACGCUAAAACUGGCUGAGGUUUAUAUCAUUCUACUCUUUAUAGUAGGCUAUCAUUAUUACUUCAUACCUAAGAUGUUUAUGGCACUACUCAGCUUUAUCAAACAGCUUUUCAACAAAGGGGAGAAAGAUGAGACAGGACAAAAGAAGCACCGCAGCUGGGAAUUUAAUUUUCUAGUUGGUUUAUUCUUCUGUGCCAUUUCUUGUUUUCAACUAUGGUUCUGGGGUGGACAUUUUCAGGAUCGCAAGGGAAAGUCUAACACUUGUCCUAAUUUUGGAUUUGGAUUCAUAAGGGUUGAUCUUGAGAAUAUUGCAUUUCGUGCUUUCAACAUAACAUAUUGGAUUCUGUUGUUAAUUUUGUCCUUUGGGAUUUUAUGGAAUUCUUGGAAUGUCUAUAUCCAGAAGGGACAAGCUUCAAAGGAUCAUUUUAGCUCAUCAUCUUCAAGUAGCUUAAAAUCCGGCCGCAGCAGUACGAGAUCAUUGAAAGAGUCAAACUCGAUAAGUGAUUUCAUAGGAUUUGGGAUUCUUUUCAUUUUCACGGCGGUUAUGAUUUUUGCCAUCGAAAAAAGCAUAAUGUGGAAUCAAAUUGCUAGAGUGACGACAUUAGCUGAAGCCGGACAGUUGAUCCCCCUUUUUAUUGGACUGGGAUCGUUGCUUAGGGUUUGUUAUGUUGGAGUGAAAGGUUAA